UUUUUUUUUAAAAAAAAUAUUUAUGAUGUUAAUAAGAUCAUUAAAAUGGUUUUUGUUAUGGUGGAUGAUACUUCAAAUAAUAUUUGAAGUAGUAAAAUCACAAGUUAAAUCACUUCAACCACAAGAAAGAAUAUCUCAUACAGCAACAUAUAUUAAUAAUAAAUUAUAUAUAUUAGGAGGAGAAAGUAUAACAACAAAUCCAACAACAAAUGAAAUUGCUUUAAAAGAAUUUUUUUAUCUUGAUUGUUCAAAAUCAUUUGAUACAACAAAUUUAUCAUGGGAAUUUUUAUCAAAUAUUCAAGUACCAACUCGUUGGUCUGCUGCAUCAGCUAAAGGAGGAAUAAAUAAUGAUACAAUAUUUAUAUAUGGAGGUUUUUCAAAUGAUGAAAAUGAUUUAAAUUUAGUUUAUACAUAUAAUACAAAAAGUGAUACAUGGAUUAUUCCUAAAAUUUUAAAUAAUUUUAAUAUUACAAGUAAAAAAAAUUUAGAAGCUAUUAUUAAUUAUAAUGAUGGUAAAAUUUAUUUAUUUGGUGGAACUUCUGAUGAACUUGGUAUAUCAAAUGAUAUGGUUAUAUUAGAUACGAUAAAUUUAGUUUAUAAUAUAGGAAAUUUAACUAAUGCUCCAACUCCUAGAUUUUAUUAUGGUGCUACUUUAUGUGGUAAUGAUGGUAAAGAAGCUCUCGAUUUAGACGUGGUAUAUUCAUACGAUACGAUUAAUAAUAUAUGGAAUACAAACAAAGUUACAGGAUUAAUACCAUCGAAAAGAUAUUUAUUUUCUACAGUACUUGGAUCGGACGGAAGGGGAAUUAUAAUAUUCGGAGGAUUUAAUGUUGUAAACACGGAUUCACUUUAUAUAUUAGAUACUAUAAAUUUAGAAUGGUACGUACCGAAUGUUACUGGUCAAUUACCAGCAAAUCGAUAUAAUCAUAAAGCGAAUGUAAUCGGAAAUUUUAUGGUCGUAUCUUUUGGAUAUGGUUAUCAACAAGAAAAAGAAAGUGAUAUUUUAUUACUUAAUAUGACAAAUGAAAAAUAUGAAUGGUCCAUAGUAUUUAAACCUUUAAAUGAUACAUUGCCACUACCUUCAACUUCAAUUUCAUUACCUCCAACAAUGACACAAACAAGUUCACCAACAAUUUCAUCAGAACCACAAUCAAAUAUAUCAUCAACGACUAUUAAACCAAUUAUAAUUGCCGGAGUUUUGGUAGGAAUUUUAUUUAUUAUAUUAGGUUAUUUAUUUUUAUAAAAAACUUUUGAUGUUACGGAAACCAAUUUCCAAUGUGACGGAAACCAACUUCCAAUGUGACGGAAACCGACUUCCGAUGUGAUGGAAACUGACUUCCGAUGUGACGAAAAAAAANAGACAAA